UAGACGAUCCGAUCCUCGCUCUAAAAUGUGGAAUGCGUUAUGACCGAGUUUAGAGCUCCGAGAAUUAUCAAAUGGGCCGUGGGGCUCAUGCCUUGUCAGGAAACAAACUCAGGGGCCAGCGGGUCCGGUGAAUACAAUAUGUGCCGCCUCGUGCGUUGCUAUGCAACAACAACGGUCGCGAAACGCUCCAGUUUCUUGUUGUUUGCCAUGCAACAACGUCUGUUUCUGCAACUAUGUUGUGCAAUCCCUUCUCGACCGCGCGCAAGUCAUUGUCACCGCCCCCAUGUCGUAUAAAGCUUGGGAUUGCGUGUGGAGUGCGCGCGCACCUCGUGCGAAUUGUCCUCAUGACCUUUAGACAUCAAAAGUCGAGCGUCUUCAACUUCUUCCUAACGAUCUUAGUCGUUCUAUUACAUUGCACUGGAACGCAGGCUAGAUCUGGCCCGUUAGGUGGUAACGGCCCCGUGGAUACAAACUGCACUGACUCGAAUGGCCAGGCUGUAAAGUGUUCCAAAGGGCAGCUGAUUUGGACUAUCAUUGGUGCCGUCUCCGGAGUAAUAUUUUCGGCUCUCGUCAUUUGGGCCCUGGUAAUGAGGCAUCGAAGAUCGAAGGCGAAUGGUUCGGGGAAGGAUCCGUCUUUACAGCAAGUUUAGAGAUGGUACUGGCCGCUAGCGGCAUUACGACUACAUUACGAAAACAUGACUGUAUUUAUUUCAUGAACUACGUCACGAAAAGAAACAUAAAUCUUAU